AUGGAGAUGCAGUCGUACUACGCGAAGCUGCUGGGCGAGCUCAACGAGCAGCGCAAGCGGGACUUCUUCUGCGACUGCAGCAUCAUCGUGGAGGGGCGCAUCUUCAAGGCGCACAAGAACAUCCUCUUCGCCAACAGCGGCUACUUCCGCGCGCUCCUCAUCCACUACAUCCAGGACAGCGGGCGCCACAGCACGGCCUCGCUCGACAUCGUCACCUCCGACGCCUUCUCCGUCAUCCUCGACUUCCUCUACUCGGGCAAGCUGGACCUGUGCGGGGAGAACGUCAUCGAGGUCAUGUCGGCGGCCAGCUACUUGCAGAUGACCGACGUGGUCAACUUCUGUAAGGCCUACAUCAGGUCCUCGCUGGAUAUCUGCCGCAAGAUCGAGCGGGAAGCCGCCUUCUACCAGGCCGACAGCGAGGGCGGCGCCGCGUCGGGCUCCAAGAGCCAGUGCUCCGCGUCCUCGCUGCGGGAGACGGAGCGGGAUUGCGAGUGCCGGCGGGAUGCGCCCUGCGGCUGCCGCCCCUUGGAGCUCGUGACGCGGGAGCCGGCGAGCAGCGGCGACGGCGUCAACUCCUCGCUGCCCAAGGAGCCCAAGGUGGAGCUGGACGCGGACGCGCGGCUGCCGCAGUAUCCGCCGCCGCUGUCCCUGGAGCACCUGGACGAGGGGCUGCCCGGCGCGCCGCCCGCGGACCUGCCCUGCAACAGCUACCACAUGAAGCAGUUCCUGGAGGCCCUGCUGCGCAGCGGCGCCGCGCAGAGGAAGGACGACGUCGUCCACCACAUCGUGCGCGGCCUCGAGGGCAGGCCCGACGACGCGGCCGCGGCCGUGAGCUCCGUCAUGGACAUGCACGGCGACUGGUACGGGGAGGACGCAGGUGAUGUGUUAGUUGUGCCAAUCAAGCUUCACAAAUGUCCAUUCUGUCCCUACACGGCUAAACAAAAAGGAAUACUAAAACGGCACAUUCGCUCUCACACAGGUGAGAGGCCCUACCCCUGUGAGACAUGUGGGAAGCGUUUCACUCGGCAGGAGCACCUCCGGAGCCACGCUUUAAGUGUGCAUCGAUCAAACAAGCCAAUUAUCUGCAAGGGCUGCAGGAGAACGUUCACAAGCAGCAUGUCGCAAGGGCUGCGACGCUUUGGCUUGUGCGAGAGCUGCAUGUGCGUGACCACCACCCACGAGGACUCCAUGCCCAUUAACCUCAGCCUAAUGGAAGCCUCCUCGGAAGGCCAGGAUAAGGGCGAUCCAGACAACGACUGGCCCAUAUAUGUGGAGUCCGGAGAGGAAAACGAUCCCGCUGAUGACGAUGAUGCCGAUGGUGACGAUAAGCAGGAAAUCCACAGGAGCUUAUCAGACCGAGAAACACUUAUAGAAACCUUCAAAAAGACAGUUCAUGUAGGGGCCAAAUUUGGAACAGAGCUCUUUGGAAAAUGCCACUAUCAUUUUGAGUGCCAAGAAUCUUUGAAUACCUACACAAAAGACUUGAAUUCUGUUUUUUAUUUUAGAGCAACUCUGCAUUUCCCCUUUUCUGGAAUGGAGAUUUCUUCUCACCAGUUUCACCUCCUGCAACAGCUAAAUGAGCAGCGCAGGCAGGACUUAUUCUGUGACUGCAGCAUCCUGGUGGAGGGCAAGGUCUUCAAAGCCCAUCGCAAUGUGCUCUUCGCCAGCAGUGGCUAUUUCAAAAUGCUCCUUUCGCAGAGCUCCAAGGAGACAAGUCAGCCAACAACGGCCACUUUCCAGGCGUUUUCUCCUGACACGUUUACAGUCAUUUUAGACUUCGUGUAUUCGGGCAAACUGUCUCUUACUGGUCAGAAUGUCAUUGAAGUCAUGUCGGCAGCCAGCUAUCUGCAGAUGACAGAUGUGAUCAGCGUGUGUAAAACGUUCAUCAAGUCCUCGCUGGACAUCAGCGAGAAGGAGAAGGAUCGCUACUUCAGCCUCUCAGACAAGGACGUGAACUCGAACGGCGUGGACCGCUCCUCCUUAUACAGUGCUGGCUGGAGGGCAGAAAGCAGCCCGCCGCAUUCUCACCUAAAUCCAGAGCAAGGGACAUGUAUGAUGGGUGGGAGCGUUUGGAGCAAUUUCAGCUACUAUCCAGCUUCUCAAAGAAACGCCCAUCUCUCCAAGCAUGAGAAUAGGCAGGAUUCCGUAAAAAAAUCCAGGCACCUGGGACUGCAGCAGCCGCCUGACAUUCCUCACUAUAAAUCAAGCAAACUCGAGGACAGAGCUUCCGAGCCGCCUGGCCACAGUGCUCAAUCUGAGGAGCAAGUUCAGAUUGAAGCAGAAGUUGAAUCUCCGCAUGUGGGAUAUCAGUAUGGCCAAGGCUCUGAUGUGAUACCGAGGAGUUUAGCUGCAUCACAGCAAGGGCAUGAAUCACCCCGUUCUUCUGGAAAAUCCAAGUCUUCAAAAGCAGACGAGCCGUAUCCGAGCAUGCCUUCCAUUCUAGGUGUCAUGGGAAGCUGGGCUGAAGAUGACCUGCCCAGGAUGAGGUUCAAGUGCCCAUUCUGUACACACGUGGUGAAAAGAAAAGCAGACCUAAAGCGUCACCUUCGCUGUCACACAGGAGAGCGCCCUUAUCCUUGUGAGGCAUGUGGAAAAAGAUUUAGCAGGCUAGAUCACCUAAGUAGCCAUUUUCGAACAAUUCAUCAGGCUUGUAAGCCUAUCUGCAGGAAGUGUAAACGCCACGUGACUGAGCUGACGGGACAAGUGGUCCAGGAGGGGACAAGACGUUACAGACUCUGCAAUGAGUGCUUGGCUGAAGCUGGCAUAGACAGUAUUCGCAUUGACUUGGACACUGAAGCACCCCUUGAAUUCCCACAAGAAGGGGAUAAGGAUUCCAGGUGGCACUAUGGGGAAGACAACAAGUCUGACGUGGAGAUUGUAGAGGAUGGCUCGACCGACUUGGUCAUUCAGCAGGUUGAUGACAGUGAAGAUGAAGCAGAGGAAAAGGAAGGCAAGACUUCCUGUUAUUGCCUCCGGGGAAUGGAGAUUUCUUCCCAUCCGUUCCACCUCCUAGAGCAGCUAAAUGAGCAGCGGAAGCAAGAUUUGUUUUGUGACUGCAAUAUCCUGGUGGAGGGCAAGGUCUUCAAAGCCCAUCGCAAUGUGCUCUUCGCCAGCAGCGGCUACUUCCAAAUGCUCCUUUCGCAGAGCUCCAAGGACACCAGCCAACCGACCACGGCCACUUUUGAGGUCUUCUCUCCAGAGACAUUUAUGGUUAUUUUGGACUUUGUAUACUCAGGCAUAUUGUCGUUAACUGGUCAAAAUGUCAUUGAAGUCAUGUCAGCUGCUAGCUAUCUGCAGAUGACAGAUAUCCUUAAUGUCUGUAAGACGUUCAUUAAAUCCUCCCUGGACAUUAAUGAGAAGGAAAAGGAUCAUUACCUUAGCCUUUCGGCCAAAGAAAGCCAUGAACCUGCUCACCCAACUCCUUAUCGGUCAAGAAGGAAAGCAAAGAGCCACCCAACACGCUGCCAUUUAAUCCCAGAUGAAAAGGCAAGUAUGGUGAAUGAAAAUUCCUGGAGUAAUUACAACAACUAUCUGUCCUCACAGAUAAGUCUUCAACGGCCAGAAAUGCAGCUAUCAAAAAGAGGCCGAAAAUUGGGCCCAGCAAGAAAGCGCCGAAAACAUCUAGGACUGUCCCAGAGCCGUGAUUUUGUGCAGUAUAAAUCAAACAGAAGUGAGCAGACUAGUGGAGGUUGUAAUGCAUCAGAUUCUAGCCACAGCUCUCGGGCAAGAGGGGAGAAUCAAAUUGAUGCUGAGAAUGAUGUUGAUCAUGAUGAUUAUGGAGAUAAUCAAGAAUCAGAAGUUAUACCAAAGAGGUGGUCUGUUGCUCAGCUAGAACAAGAACUUUCAAGAAAUUCUUCUGAGUUAAUGGAAUUAAAAGCAGAUGAGCUGUAUACGUCAAUGCCCACAAUUUUAGGUGUAAUGAGUAGUUGGAAUGAAGAUGAUCUUCCUCGAAUGCGAUUCAAGUGCCCCUUCUGCACUCACACAGUGAAACGGAGGGCAGACCUGAAGCGUCAUCUCCGGUGUCACACAGGGGAGCGACCAUAUCCAUGUGAAGCGUGUGGGAAAAGAUUCACCCGACUAGAGCAUUUACGUAACCACUUCCAAACAAUACAUCAGGCUGGCAAGCUCAUCUGCAGGAAGUGCAAACGUCACGUAACCGACCUCACGGGCUGCGUGGUUCAGCAAGGAACAAGGCGCUACAGACUGUGCCACGAGUGCCUGGCAGAAGCCAGCUCUGACAGCAUCCCUGAGGACGUGGACACAGAGCAUUCCCUCGUCCCCUCUCCAGGGAACAAACAUUCCCACUGCGCUUUGGAGGAAGAGCAGAAAUCAGAUGAAGAGACAGUGGGGGAGGAACCGUAUAAUUUGGUUAUCCAGCGUGUUGAUGAUGAUAUUUCAGAUGAGGCAGAUGACAAAGGGAAACCAAAUCUUAGGCAGAGAGCUGGGCUAAUGCAGAACUCCGGCUGCCUUCCCACUCCCCACACAGCUGCGGCUGCCUCAGGCAGGGCUGAGUAAA